GGGAUUGUUACAUUGGUCCUGUGUAUCUGCCCUAGUCUUGUCAGAGUGGUACAGGGCAACGCAAUGCUGCAGCUGUUUUAAAUUGAUGAAGGAUUACCCGUGACUAUCCAGAUUCAAGUUAUUAUCACUGGAAUAAAAAGGGUGUUUUGUUAUUUGUAUUUAACAAUUCAUUCAAUGGCGACUGAAUGCACCCAGGACGCGGUUUUACAGUUUCUGACUGAGAGAGGGGGCAAAGUGAGAAACGUGGAUCUCAUAGAUAAAUUCAAACCCUUCAUUUUGAACGACCCUGCCAAGAAAGCUCUGGCAAAGGAAAGGUUCAAGGAGUUCGUGGACACCGUUGGGUUUGUGAAGGUUGAAAACGACGUGAAGUACGUUUGUCUGAAAAAAAAGUACAGGGAUACGUUGAAACAGCGCGUUGCGAAACAGACAGAUGGAGACAGUGCUGGCAGUGGAAUAAAAGGUGGCCCUGGUACUUCUAUUCAGGAAUUUAACACAAGCCAGUGCCCUAAGAACAAUGCAGACUGUAGUCGUGGAUUUGGUAAUGGGUGGCCGGCAGAAUCUGAUAGAACAGGCGGAGCAGAUUUUGACGAUGGAAGUGCUCUCCUGUCAAAGCCUGUUGGUGGUGAAGCUAGUUUAAACAAUACCGCAAACGAUGUUGCAAAACACGAAAUAUUUGUACCUGAGUGGGAUUACGGAACUAACAAAGCUGCACAUAGAAUACGGCCAGACGAUUCUGCAAAUAUUUCUGAAGAUAAAUCGUUAACAUUGUCACAAGUCAAGCCAGCCGUCGCAGCUGCCUCAUCUAUCGACCGAAAUUCUAAACUUUGUAGUGAUUUGGAUAACACGGGUGUGUCAGAAAUGGGGAACACAAAUACCGGCUCAUCUACGAACAUUAAUGCUGAUAGUUGUAAUCGCCAAAGAGAUAUAGCAGUGACAGAAGCUUCUCCAUUGCCCACAGAAGUCAAAUGUCACAUAUUUGCAAUUCCUGAAAAUAAAAACGCAGAAAGAAUUAAAGAGGGGUGUUUUUCUCAGCCUGUUGAAGAAUGCAGCACGUCUGUUAACUUGGCAUCAGGUACUGCUCCACUCUGCUGCGGUGCUGGAAAUGAAGAACCUGUGAGCCAGCACACUGCAGAUUCUAAGGGUGCAGAUGGGGAAGCUGACAAAAGCAACCUUGAGUUGAGGGAUAGCAAAGAUGAUUUACAUCAAGACUGUAAAGGUGCGCUCUUGGCAGAGAUUCCGAACAGGAGACAAAGCUCAAGAAAUGUUUUUCAGCAUACCCUGCUGGCCAGCAGAGAACAGCAGUCUGGUAAGCUGGCUGAAGAUAGCUCAGCAUACAGUCAACCUGAUUCCUCUUGUGCUUUUGGGAGUGAGAGUGGUGGUAGCACCCCUAAAGGUAGUAGAAAAAUAUUUAGAGAUAUGAUGAUGAACAAUUCACCCCAACUGAGGAGGAGCAUGGCUCUUAAAACCCCAGGUUCCUUGUUACCAAGACAGAAGGACUCCAUGAAAAGUGAAAGUGACUCAGUCUCCCUGGUGUCCUCUGCAGAUGAAGACAGCAGAUCACUGGCCCUAGAUCCAAUGGAACAUGAAUGGAUGAUGUGUGCUUCUGAUGGCCAGUGGGAAAGCCUCAAUCGCUUACUGGCAUGUGACCCCAACUUGGUCAUCAAAAGGGACUUUGUAACUGGGUUCACUUGUCUGCACUGGGCAGCAAAACAUGGCAAACAAGAACUUAUAGCAUUGCUUGUUAACUUUGCCAAACAGCACGCUGUACCACUGAAUAUUAAUACUAGGUCCAGUGCAGGCUAUACACCUUUACAUCUAGCUGCCAUGCACAACCACGAGCAAGUAGUAAAAUUACUAGUGGGUGCCUAUGAUGCAGAUGUGGACAUAAGGGACUACAGUGGCAAAAAGGCUUGGCAGUAUCUGCGUGAAAAUGUUGGUGGAGAUAUCCUAGACAUUGUUGGUGCUGCUGAGCAUUCUGAUGCUGACAAUCUAGGUAAUGGGGCUGGGCGCUGGAGGCUGUCAAAAGUUCUUCCUUCAAACUUGUUGUCAUACAAACUGUUGAAUCUUCCCGAAGAUGAUUCAUGUGUUGAUGGGGCAGCAGUAAAGCCCAAGUCCGUCUACAGGAAAACAUCUAUGAGCAGAAUAAGGCCCAAACUAAAACAAAUUAGAUUUAAAACCCAAAUAAUCCAUAGCUCCUUCUUUAAAGAAACAGAAGAUGAAGAAAGACCCCUGAAAAGCCCUGCUAAAUCAAGACCCAAGUCUAAUCUUUUUGGAUGAGACAUAUAACAAUGUAAUAUGUAUUUACCAGUAAAAGGUACGGUUUAACAUGUGAAUACAAUCAAAAGGUGAUGGUCCUAUCUUUAUGAAAAUUAUACAUAUAUAAAGUGUACUGCAGCUUUUCAUGACUUUCUUGUAGCACUUAGGGGGUGAUUUGAUCUGUCUGUACCCCACUUUCAUAAAUCACACUUGGAUUUUUUUUUUAGAGCAUUUUACUGUUCCAGGGAAUCGACAUGGAUUUAAUCAACCACUUGGACAAUUUAACAAAAUAGUAAUGGGAUUACACCCCUGUAAAAUGUCUAUUUGUAAUGUGUGAGUUUUAUUCUUACUGAACAAUCAGAAUUCUAUUUUCUGCAGAGCAUGCAACAAUUUCUUUACCUAAAUGUUUGGUUUAUAAGUCAACUGCCAUGUUUACAUUCUACUGUAAAUGUAAUGUUGCUUGUUGCCCAGAUCAGUCUCUGCUGCCUGCAUUUUUAAAGUUCUACUUUUCAUGGCUAAUGGCUAGCUUUACUUACAGUUCGUGAGUGCACUUUUAGCAACAGCAGCAGGUAUCCAAUUAAUCCUGAAUUAACUGGUCACGAAAGGUACUGGUCACCAAGUACCUUUGGAAAUUAACUGAUCACCAAGAUGCCUUAGUAAUUUGCUUUCAACUAAGAGAAAGUGACUGCUUGUAGGUUUCCUGUUUUAAAGAGACUACAGUUUGGCACUUUGUGCCUGACAUUGGGGAUAGAGACAGAUACAGUACCACUAAUUCAAUUGUUAUGAAGCUUGCUAAAGAUAGCAAGCUUCAUCACAAGGUUACUAAGAGAAUUAGAAUGUUGGGGUAUAUGGAGUAUGUAUGUAUGUAUGAUUGUAGGUAUGUAUGUAUUUAUGUAGGGAUGUAGGGAUGUGGGAUGUAUGUCAUUGAAAUACUUGUUUCCAAACAGCCAGCAGCUUAUUUAUUAAAAACCCACAAGAAGAUUUGGAUUUUAAUCCAAAACCCAAUUGUUAUAUUUAAUAUCUAGCACACGAUGGUGUAGUCAUAUUUGUUAGCGAUGCUAAUGAUUCACAGGAUUUAAAAAAUCUUAACAACAUUUUUAAUCUAUUCUUCUUUUAUACCGCGCUAGCCAUUGUUUUGGACAGUCUGCUGCCCAGCAUAUUCACUCAGAUCUAUUACCUGUCUGAACAAUGUUUAAUUGUAAGUAUUAUGUUUGUUAGGCCCUGUUCAAAGUGCAUUUUUAUUCCUCAGAAAUAGCUUAUCAUUAUUGAUUGUAAACAUGUGAUAUAAGUUAACAUAUUUCAAGAUAAUCCAUUAUAUAUGAAAACAAAAUGCAAUACCAGCAAGGUAAAUUGAGCCUGUAUUAAAAAAACAGAAUAGUUUUACAAUCACUUAGAGAAACAAAAAUAAUCUAUAUAAAAAGUAUUUUUACAUAGACAUUGUUAGUUUUGAUAAUCUUUUUAUUUAAUAUUUACAUGUGAUUAUUUUUAUCGUACACAAAUACAUAAUAUUGUACAUUUGCUACAUUGUAGAUGAACGCUAACCUGGUAAUUUCUCAUUGAUUUUAGUAAACUGACCUUAAACACAUUUUCUCUAUGAUGCUAAGACUGCUCCUCUAUUUUAUAAAGCUCUUUUACUGACGAUAAAUUGUAUUAAUAACUAUAUUAAAACACUACCACCUAUGUCAAAUAGUUGAAAUUUAAUUACAUGUUACAAAAAAAAAAAAAACUGUAGUUAUCAGCUGUCAGUUUGCCUUCUGCAAAUUCCAGCUGCUGUGCUUUUUGCAAUUGCUAAACUGACCACAUAAAAUGUAACUGUAACUAAUAUAAAUAUGUGCAGUUGUUAUUAAUAGUAUAACAUUUCCAAAAAUAAUGUUCCAAUAUUUUAGCAUCAUAUGCUAAAUACAGAUUGAAUGAUUAGACUACUGAAACAAACAGUUUUAAUGAAAAAGUCAGUUCUGUGCCGCUUUCGCUGACUUCAGUCCACUGGCACCCUUUGUGAAGGGUUUUUAUCCGAACCCUAUGGUGUCCUGACAUCAGGCUUGCAUCUUCUGAUGGAAAAGCAAGCUCCUUAAUAAUGUUUUUCUGUAUUUUCCCACUCAGUCCAAUAUCAGAGACUAAUAUGUCAAAAAAAACAAUUUUUGUUCCAAAUACUAUCAUCCCAUCAACCUCAAAGAGAGCCUGGACUAUAUAUUUGGUAGUUAUAAACUAUAACUCAUUGAUAAAAAGUGCAAUGUU